CGGAUGAUAUAACUAUGUUUGCCUUUGUACAGCUCAUUCCCCUGGGUACUGGCUCUGAUUUUGCACGAACAUUUGGGUGGAAAAAUGAUCCUUACGAGGCCAUUGAACGCAUUUCUAAAGGGGUGAGAUCAAGGAUAGAUGUUGGUGUCAUUACUGGAGAAAACGAGAAAGACCACUACUUCAUUAAUGUUGCUGAUAUUCAUUUGAGUGCCAAGGCAGGUUUUUAUGCUUCUAGGUACAAGAGAUUUGGUAAACUAUGCUAUGUCAUUGGCGCUUUGCAAGCCUUUAUGGGGCAUCAUAACCAGGAUUUCAGAAUCAAAAUGAAUGAAGGUGACUGGGAGACAUGUCCUCUAGUUACAGCUCUUUGCAUUGGAAAUGCAAAAUACUUCGGGGGUGGGAUGAAAAUUACACCAAAUGCUGAUCCACAUAGUGGAAAUCUUGAGGUUGUUAUUCUUCAAAACUUUAAGUGGUAUGAUUUCAUCCUCAAAUUACAUAAGCUGUACAAUGGUACACAUUUGUCUGUGAGAAAUGUAUCUUCGAGAAGGGUACACUCUAUUGAGGUAGAGGACAUUUCUGGGAAGGGUGGGGUUUACAUUCAAUCUGAUGGGGAGCACCUGGGGUUCCUUCCAAGAAAAAUUCGUGUUCUUCCAGCUGCUAUUGAGAUGAUAUGCUGAAUCAAAGAAAAAAGGAGAACUGCAGAAUGUCACUGUAAUGUGCAGAAUUUCCUGAAAAAGAGAAUGAAGGGGAAGGAGGUGAUGAGUUCUCCCCUGCCGUCAAGGCUCUGUUGGCUGCAAUGUGGCAACUGGCAACAGUUUCCAGAAAUAUAAUAGGCAACUUUGGGAGGGGGAAGAUAACUCUCAGAACAUGAAAAUAUUUUCAUGAUGAGAUGGAGCUAUUUUGAUUUGCCAGUCAAAUACGCUUGUAGACUUGUAGUCCCUGAAGCUCGCUAUUUACAAUAUUUUAGGAGGGGAAUACGUUUUUGCAAAUGGCACAUGU